CACUCCCUUCUCUCUCUUAUACAAGGAAGCAUUUAAAGACUGAAGAUGUCAGUGAUGUGUGCCACUGCUUUUCAGUCACUCAGCUGGACUGUGAUCUCACCAUGUUUAUCCACUGUAAACUGGUAAUACUCAUACUUCUGCUGACUCUUGAUGGCCAAGUUCAUACAGGGGAAAUCGUUGGUGGUCAUGAGGCUGUGCCACAUAGCAGGCCAUACAUGGUGCUUUUGGAGCGGCACAUGCAGAAUGGUAAAACACAACACUGCUGUGGCUUCCUUCUGAAUGAGGAUUUUGUGAUGACUGCAGCCCACUGCCAUGCCAAGUCCUACGCAGUCUUACUGGGAGUUCACGAUGUCCAUAACAGUGGUGAAAUACAGCGUGUAACUGUGAAACAAACAUUUCCACGUAAAGACUACAAUGCAACUGAUUACAAAAAUGACAUUAUGCUCCUUAAGUUGAGCUCCAAGGCCAAGUUCAGCGAAAAUGUGAAACCCAUUCCUCUCGCAGGCCAAGAUGAUGGCUCUCUGCCAAAAUCAUGUAUACUCUCCGGCUGGGGAACAACAGACAGGGUGGAAAAAUAUAUGUCUCUCGUACUCAUGGAAACCAAUGUAACACUCAUUGACAGUGAGCUGUGUCGUAAGGAAAACUCAUACUGCUCUGAGGGAAAGACUGGACCGGGUGAGGGAGACUCUGGUGGUCCACUGGUCUGCGAAGAUGGGAAGGUAUACGGAGUGGUGUCCUCCUCCUCCACACCAAACGCAAGUGGCUGGUCAAUCUAUAGUUACGCUAAGAUUCCUGACUACAGAAGCUGGAUCAUUUCGAUUAUGGAGCAUAAUGGAAAGCUCUAAUAGAUCGAACACUUGAUAUUUGAAUUUACUGUUUGUAUAACAUUGGAGAGCUAAGAAUUGAGACUGAUUCCAUAGCAAUAAGACUGUCAGACCCAAGUCUGGCUUGCUUGCUUUGCAAAGAUUGAAUCAAAAUAUGCUUUACUUUGAUGUUACCAAAUGAUACAAAUAAAAAUUUUGUUUGGUGGUACCAUUUUUAUAAACAAUAAACUGUUGCUCUCUCACCAUGUUCUCUCAGUACCUCCGUUCACUCUGUUUGAUCGCUUAUUAACUCAAUAAAAGGACAACACUG